AUGUUUCAUGAGUAUAAUGAACAUUCUAACACUAAAACUCUCAAUAUCACUUUGCUAGGCAGUGAUCGUAAGUUUUAAGUAUCCAUUUAUGGUGACACUUCACUCAAAGAAUUGAGAUCACUAUGUGAAUAGAAACAUCAAAUUAGUCUUAGACACUUUCGAGUAUUCACUUAGGAUGGAGUGGAACUGUUUAAUGAGGAUUUAAUAUACUUGAAAGACAAUGCAAAAUUGUAUAUUACAAGAGGGGAGGAUUUUGAUGCGAAUAUCAUCCAUCAAGAGUAUGAGAUAAUAGAAUAGUUGGGCAAGGGAGGAUUUGGCAAAGUGUUGUUGGGGAGACACAAGGAAACACUCAAUUUUGUUGCCAUUAAAUAUGUGAAUACUAGAAACAGAGAUGCAAAUGACAUUGAGUUGGUUUUUCGUGAAGCUUACUUACUGAAAUCACUUAAUCAUAAAAAUAUAGUCAAAUUUUACAACUGCUACCCUCUCUCCAACAUGCAAGUCAUUGUAGUAAUGGAGUAUUUGGAAGGAGGCGAUCUCUCUAAGUACACUCAAGGUAUUUUAACUUAAUUAAUGAAGCUAAGGGUUAACUAUGCGAAGAAGAGGCACGAAUGUAUUUCAGAUAGAUUUGUGAUGCUAUGAUGUAUUGUCAUAAUCGCAAACUCAUUCAUAGGGAUCUCAAACUUGAGAAUCUCAUGUUUGCUAAUAAGAAUGAUACCUUAAUCAAAAUAGUUGAUUUUGGCAUUGCUGGCAUGGCCGUCAACAGCAAUGUGGAUAAAUUGAACAUCGGUACCAUUAGAUACAUGGCUCCAGAAACUCUCCAAGGAAACAACCAAAAGAUUGGACCACAUAUUGAUGUCUGGGCUAUGGGAGUUAUACUCUUUCAUCUUAUCUUCGGUAAGUAUCCAUUUGAUGGAGAAUCCAAUUUUGAAAUCAUUCAAAACAUUAUAACCAGCAACUACACAUUUUCAAAAAAGAAUGUCUCUCCUUAUUUAAUUGAUCUAUUGUCAAGGAUUUUCUUUAUUGAUCCUCAAAAAAGAAUCAAACUCUAUGAUAUUCUCAAUCAUGAAUGGAUGAAGAUCUCAUUCGAAUAAGAAUACUUUGAAGUACCUUAGUUUGUACCUCGAACCUAAUUUAGAUUACCCUCCAUUGAAAAUCCAAAAUAACACAAUGGAGCUCAAAAGUAAAAGAAACUCAACAGAUCUUUUACUCCUCUAAAAAAGAAUUCUCCAAGGAGAAAUAGUUUUAUCAUCAAAGGGGUUUUAAAGAGAUAUCAGUGA